AUGAGCCUAAAGGAAAUAUCCAUGUAUAAUGUUGACUGUGCAGUGAGAAAGACAUCCAGGUGUGUGAUUGGUGAACAUGUGGAGAGUGUGUAUUUCUGUAUGGAGGGUAGGAGUUGUGUGGGGGUGAUGUGUUGGUGUGUGGAGAAUUAUUUCACCAACUGUAUAGGUACAUAUUUCUUCUGGGAAACCAGUGACUUCCAGGAAAGGCUGGAUGGCAACCAAGAAAGAUUGGUGACGCUGGAUAGACAGAUGACAUCCAGGAACAGACUGGUAUCUGGGCACUACGGGUUGGCAGCCCAAGGAGCAUCAGCAGAAGUAAAGUGCCAGUGCGGAAAGGUGUGUAAGAACAUCCGGGGAUUGAGGAUUCAUCAAGCAAGGGUGAAGUGCAGACUUGUGGAGUUACAGACGCAGCGCUCAGAAGUAAUUUCUGGUGAGACGCAGGAGGACCCCAGCCAGGAGGCACCCCAUAGUGUUGGGGACCUCUCUGCUUCGGUUUCGUCACAGGUCAGCCAUUCAGACUUGAGUGAUACAAACCACGACCAGGGUGUUCAAGCACAUCCAACACAGCCAGCACGAAGGUUGAGGAUAGAGUGGCCAAAGAUGAACAACAAUGAAGCUUGGAGAAGUUUAGAUGCUGACUUACAUACCAUCCUAGAGUCGGCUCUAAUGGGAAGCGUAGAAAGGAAGGUUGAGGCAAUGGGAACUUUCAUCUACACAUUCUGCAAGGAACGAUUUGGAUUAGGAGGAAAGCAGAGAAAUCCUAAGAACGUAAUUAUCCCGAAUAGAAGACAGGAUAACAUCCAACGACUCAGGCGAGAACUGAAAGCAGUCACACGACAGUACAGGAGGGCAAGUGAUAUAGAGAGGAUAGGAUUACAUCAGCUGCGGGACGACAUCAGGGAGAACUUGGCAAGACUCAGGAAAGCAGAGCAGGUUAAGAAGGCAAGGAAGGAUAGAGCAAGGAAGAGGGAGUCCUUUAUCAAGGACCCUUAUUCUUUUACAAAGACUCUGCUGGGAGGGGAAAGAUCAGGCCGUUUGAAUAGUUCAACAGCAGAUAUUGAGCAACACCUGAGGGAAACGCACGGAGAUGAAGAUAGGGGCAUUCCACUUGGGAACUGUCCACGGAUAGAAGCAGAGGAGCCGCCAGAGUUUCCGCUUGACACCAAGGAACCAACUUGGAAGGAGAUCCAAGAUGUUGUUAAGAAGGCAAGAACUGGUUCAGCUCCAGGCCCAAGUGGAAUUCCUUAUAAAGUGUAUAAGAAGUGCCCACGGCUUUUGAGGAGACUAUGGCAGUUACUGAGGAAAGUGUGGAAGAAGGGGAAGAUACCACCAUGUUGGCAGAAGGCAGAGGGAUGUUUUGUUCCAAAGGAGAAGGACUCAAAACACAUCGGGCAGUUCAGGACAAUUUCCUUGCUGAGUGUUGAAGGCAAGAUUUUCUUUGCAGUAUUGGCAAGAAGGAUGACAUCAUACAUGAUGACCAAUGGAUACAUUGACACAUCAGUACAGAAAGGAGGUAUCCCAGGCUUUUCAGGUUGUGUGGAGCAUACCAGUGUGCUCAGCCAACUAAUCAGAGAGGCCAAGUCCAGCCGAGGGAAUCUGACAGUAGUGUGGCUAGACCUGGCAAACGCAUACGGAUCAAUACCACAUGAGCUGAUUGAAGUAGCCCUACAACAUUACUUUAUCCCGGAGCAUAUACAGGGAAUAGUACGAAGCUACUUCAGUGGAAUCCAGGUGCGCUUUACUGUCGGGGAGGAUACAACAUCCUGGCAAAACAUGGAGAAAGGAAUAGUGACAGGAUGUACCAUAUCAGUCAUUCUAUUUGUCAUGGGGAUGAAUCUUAUCAUCAAGGCAGCAGGACGGGAAACCAGGGGGCCCAGGACAGAAUCAGGAAUCUACCAACCAUCGAAUCGAGGUUUUAUGGAUGACCUGACUGUGACUACCACCACACAUGUCCAAGCAAGAUGGGUUCUGUCUGCAUUGGAGGAGGUAGUCUCAUGGGCGAGGAUGAAAUUCAAGGCAAGAAAAUCAAGGUGCAUGAUAAUGAGGAAGGGACGACUGACACAACAGUUCAAGCUGAAAGUACAAGGAGAAGAGAUCCCAUCAAUUGCGGACAACCCAAUCAAGUGCCUAGGAAAGUGGUUUGAUGCAUCACUGAAAGAUACCAGCAACAUCAGCAGCAUGCAGAAGCAGGCAAUUGAGUGGAUGAGGAAGAUUGACAAGUCAGGCCUGCCAGGAAAGUUCAAGGCAUGGAUCUUCCAACAUGGACUGCUGCCGAGACUCAUGUGGCCCCUGAUGCUAUAUGAGGUCCCUUUGACAACAGUGGAAGGACUGGAAAGAUCCAUCAGCAGCUACCUGCGGAGGUGGCUUGGAGUCCCGCCCAGUUUCUCCAGCAUUGGGCUCUACAGCCGGACAUCAUCACUGCAACUCCCACUGUCAUCGUUGGUGGAGGAGUUCAAGGUAACAAAGGCCAGACUAGUGAUGACGCUGCGAGAUUCAAAGGACGUGAAGAUAAGAAAUGCAGGAAUCCAGACUAGGACAGGAAGGAAAUGGUCUGCAAGCCAGUCUGUGGAGCAGGCCGAGGGCGCUCUCAAGCACCGGGACAUCGUCGGAGCAACCUGCUCAGGCCGGCAAGGGUUGGGGACAACCCAUUUUCAGACGUGGGAAGGAUCAGAUGAUAAGGAGAAAAGAUCUCUGGUACAGGGAGAAAUCCGCAGAGAAGAAGAAGGGACCAGGAAAGCAAGGGCAGUGGAAAUGGGCUCUCAAGGAGCAUGGACGAAAUGGAAGCUGCCGGAGCGAAAACUUACAUGGACAGACCUGUGGCGCUAUGAACCAUUGAGGAUCCAGUUCCUGUUGCGGUCAGUAUAUAACACUUUACCAUCGCCAGCGAACCUUCAUCUGUGGGGACUAGUCGAAGAGCCAAAGUGUCAGCUAUGUCAAGAACGUGGGACCAUGGGCCAUAUCCUUUCGGCAUGCAAGACAGCGCUAACACAGGGACGAUACCGGUGGAGACAUGACCAGGUGCUUCGGGAAUUGGCAGAUGUUCUCGAGGUGGAAAGGAAGAAGAAGAGACCACCUCGUAAGCACAAACCAUCCUUCAUCCGGUUUGUAAAAGCAGGGGAGAAGGAGACGAAAGCAACAUCAGGCAACACUGGCAUUCUGGAAGGGGCAGAGACAUGGGAGAUGAGAGUUGACCUGGGGAAGAAAUUGGUGUUUCCGGACGUCGUACAGACAACGCUACGUCCGGAUGUGGUGAUAUGGUCUGCCGAAUCCAGGCAGAUUAUAGUCAUCGAGCUGACUGUGCCCUGGGAGGAGCGGUGCGACCAGGCCAAUGAGAGAAAGAGAGCCAAGUAUACGGAGCUCAUGGAACAAUGUAGGGAGCGAGGGUGGCGUACUUGGCUGUUUCCUGUGGAGGUCGGAUGCAGAGGGUUCCCGGCACGCUCAGCCUGGAAGACAUUGCAGGCUGUGGGAUUAGUUGGAAAGACACGCAAGACGGCGGUGCGCAGGCUAGCAGAGGCUGCCGAGCGCGCAUCAUGCUGGUUGUGGAACAGACGGGAGGAGAAAGACUGGAAGCCAUCCAUUGACGGGCAGUGA